AUGCAUUCCUUAGUGUUGAUUGUGGGAUUAAGUUCAAUAUUUGGCAUCAUUAUCACUGACAAAGUAUCACCCCGGCCCAGCCUUAAAUCCUUCAGAGACGAUUAUCACAGUGUCGCUAAAACAUGUGUGGCUGUUGGAUAUGUUAAAGAGCAGUGUAAAAACAACCGGGACAGAAAACAUACGGUUAUAGCAUUCAAUGCAAAAGCAAAAGGAAGCACCCAGAGUUUAAGUGUUGGGAACAUAGUCAUGUUUGGAGACGUUGAUCUGAAUAUUGGAGGAGGUUUCAACGCAGUUAAAGGGAUUUUUACCGCCCCUAAAACAGGAGUGUAUGUCUUUGAUUGGACAACAAUGACAGACGGUAACAAAGCUGCUUACACCUCACUGGUCUUGAAUGGUAAAAGACGGGCAUAUAACCAGUGUGGCAACAACAGCCGCGGUGUCAACAUGUCAUGCAGUAAAAUGGCUGUAGUAAGAAUGGAGGUAGGAGAUAAGGCAUGGAUUGAUGGUUUUCAUAGAACAUCAUCUGUUUACAACACAUAUUCUUCUUUUUCUGGCUACAUGUUGUAA